GCGGCGGGGCCGUGCCGUGCGGUGCCGGAGGGGCCGCACGAUGUACACGCUGACGCGCGGCCCCAGCAAGCUGGCCACGCAGCGCCGCACAGGUCCUACGCAGCAGCCGGUGGAGAGCAAAGUGGGCGAGCCGCGGGGCCGGCUGCAGCCCGGAGCCUGGCCCCCAGCCAGCCCAGUCCAGAAGCUCAUCUUCAACAGAGUGAACGGCAAACGGCCGCAGGUUCUGCUGCCACACACCUCUGUGCCUGAGGAGAGCUACACAGCUGCACACGAGGAGAACGUCCGCUUCAUCUACGAAGCCUGGCAGGAGGUGGAGCAGCAACUGGACGGGGGGCAGAGGGGGGAGAGCGCCCGUGGGCCUGUGCAGUACGUAGAGAAAACCCCGAACCCCCGGCUGAAAAACUUUGUUCCCAUUGACCUGGAGGAGUGGUGGGCGCAGCAAUUCCUGGCCAAAAUUGAGAACUGCUCAUAAAAGGGAAGGCGAUCUUUUUCACUGUUUUUUUUUUUUUUUUUUUUUCCUUU